AUGUUCUCCCGUCAUGAGUCUCACCCCCGCCAGACUCUAAUCACCGUUUUCGUCGCCUGGAAGAUCCUCCUGCUGGCCAUUGCCCUGGGCAGUGCUGUGGCGCCGUCUUACGAUACCUCAACGACGUUGAUGCUCCAGCGCAAUGAGUCCGACAUCUCCCUCGUCACCCGCUUGACGCGCUGGGACGCUCUCUACUUCACCCAAUCCGCUCGACGUGGCUACCUGUUCGAGCAGGAGUGGGCUUUCAACGCCGGCCUGCCAAUCGUCGUGUCGGGCCUGGUCCGAGUUGCGCGGCUGCUUGGCUUCGAGGGUGAUGGAACCGGCGCCUUGGAAGCAGCCUUCAGCAUCGCCGUUGCCCACGUAGCGCAUCUAUGCGCCGGACUCAUGCUCUACGAGCUGACACUCAAGCUCUUUUCUCGGCCUCGAUUGGCAUUUCUGUCCGUUUUACUCCACAUCCUAUCCCCGGCCGGUCUAUUUCUGUCGGCGCCCUACGCAGAGAGUCUUUACGCCUUCUUCUCCUUUGCCGGCUACUUCGUCCUCGCGUCUGCCUCGAGCUCUCCCAGGGGUUCGUUUUCAUGGGUCUCGGCUCAGGUCCUGGCCGGCGCCAUAUUUGGUCUCGCGACGGCGUCACGGUCAAAUGGCCUCCUGAACGGCCUCCCCUUCGCCACCGAGUGUCUAAUGAUCCUCUCCCCGCUGUUCGCCAGCCCUACAAGCCUGACCAACAUUGCGGCUCUGUUUGGUUCCGUCAUGGGCGGGCUCCUCGUGGCAACCGGGUCAGUCGUGCCACAGGCGCUUGCCUGGUUGCGAUACUGUUCCGGCGCAUCCGAGGCGCGCACAUGGUGUGGGCGGACCGUGCCCAGCAUCUAUUCCUUUGUACAGGAACAUUACUGGGGCGUUGGCUUGUUCCGCUAUUGGACACUCUCGAACGUUCCUCUGUUCAUUCUUGCCGCGCCGGUGCUGGUCCUGCUCAUGAUAUCCGGGUGGGAGGUCGUCAAAAGGCCUUCCGGGUUGGCGCGGAGUCCGACGGCCGAGAAGCAGCCAGGGCAGAAUGGCACGACGUCGGUUUUGGUAGGCUCGAUGGCCGCUGCCCAACUCUUGCUUGCCGUCUUGGCGAUCACGACGUACCAUGUUCAGAUCAUCACCAGGAUCGCGUCCGGGUAUGCGGUGUGGUACUGGUGGGUUGCCGGGUGUCUGCUGGACGACGGCGCCGACGGCAAGAGGCGGGACUUUGGCGGCAAGGUUGUCAUUUUUUCGGUCAUGUACGCCAUGAUUCAGGGUGUGUUGUUUGCGUCGUUUCUGCCGCCUGCUUGA